GCCGUGCCGUGUGUUCAUUGUAUCUAUGUGUCCUGUGUAUUGGAAACUUUAACAAUGUGGAUAUGGACCAACAAGAAACUAUUGAAGAGAGAAAACAGGGUGAUCCAUGAGCUUGGAGUAAAAUCAAGUACCCUACCUUUAAAUUAACACGACAUUGAGUAAAAUAAAGAAGAAUGGAUAUAUGCUUUCACUAUUGACUCCGGAUGGUACAGUACUGUAGCGAACAUACCGUUAACAUUUAUUACAAGUAUGAUGUAAAACAACGAGAUCAACGUGUACGUACCCGUGUUUGUAAAGGAAAGUGAGAGACCAACUAGAUGAGUAACCUAAGCCCAGGGGAGGACGCCGGCCAGGUUGCCGUGGCAACGGACACAGUGGAGGACAUCGCUAACAUAGAAACCACGUUCCUCGACCACACAGAAGAGGAACCGCUGCUCUUGCAAGAAACUGUGACGUCAGACAAAAAGCAUCUUCAUGAGCUGGGGGAUGUUCGGGAGCUGGGCGAUGCAACCCGGAUGAAACAGACCAAUGGUGUGGCAUCUGAUGCGGAAGGGGGUGUUUCUUUUGGCGUGGGUUCAACUCCCAAAGAGGUGGGCCAGUUUCAGAAAUCGGAGAAGGCGAAGAACAGAUCCGGUGCUGGAGAAAACGAGGUGCUGAUAGACGGGCUGGUGAGUUCGGAUUACGACCCGGUGUCGGAACCUUUGCUGGCUGACAAUGAGCGGGCGUCACCCCCGAGGGGGUCCGUCUCGCAGGUCCAGUCCCCCCAGCAGCAAGGGAGGACGGACGUGAAGCAGCAGGGCGUCUUCAAGAAGACGCCGAUGCCGAGGUCCCAGAGCCAGCCGCUGACGACCGACGAGGCUGUGUACUCGCAGUACUGGCGGGGUCAAGUCACAGUCAUUAAGUCACCCGAGGCGGUGCAGGCAGAGGCGUGUGUGAAACCUGACAAGGCUCCUCCACUGACCGAUGCCAUGUCCAGGUCUGGUAUCGCCCGCUCCAUCCUUAUGGGCAACAACAUCCUGGUGCUGGAGUGUCUGAGGCAGGGCGAAAGUCCUCACACCAUAUGUUCCAAAAGUGGGAUGUCCUUCCUCCACAUUGUCGCCACCAACGCCACCCCCGAGCAUGAGGUCAAGUACGUGCCCAUGGUGUUCCAGCUCUCCAACGCUGGCAUCAACCUAAAUGUCAAGGACAAGGACGGCAACACGGCCGUGAGGAUAGCGAUCCUCAGACGGUUACCUCAGAUACUGGCAGCUUUACUGAAAUGCGGUGCUGAGGUGGAAGAGAUGGACUUGGAGCUAGCCGAGCAAGUGAGGGGAGUGGCCAAGUCAGAUAUCCUGGAGAUCUUACGACGCCUUACACCGUCAUACUGGUCGGCUGUACAUGACGUCACACCGUACAAGGUUCACCGGCUGGUCAAAUCCUGGUCACGUGUCAAUCUCUCCCGCAACGGCCAGACCCUGGUCGAGUACGCCAAGCAAAACGCGAAAGAAGAAAGUGUGUCGAAGAUGUUGAUCGAACACGAGGCAUCCAUCGAACUGGCCCACGCUGUCAUGGCCGGGGACUCGGAGCGCACCCAGUUCUUGCUGUGUAACGGUGCGGCUGACUUGAACACCCGCGACACCUCGGUGAAAAACAACUGCUUCGAGCCGUUCUCCCCUUUGACCCUUGUCGGGGCGGCCAUUAAAUACGGUCACGUGAGCGUGCUCAGCGUUCUUCGCGACGCGGACAAGCGGAUCGCUUCCGGCUUGGCCAAACCCGCCAGCGAUUUUGAAGCCGGCGGCGACAGAAGAGCGAUGCGCCCGGACCGGGUGCGUAAAACGCAAUCGUACGAUCUGGCGAGCAAUACUGUGUUCCACUACCGCAGUGAUAACGGAGGAUCGUGUGAAAUGAGAGAAAACGAUGCGGUGACGUCGUCUUUGUGUAACAUACUGUAAAGAUUAGAAAAAAAAAACAGUUCUAAACACAUCAAUAUCAUGGAAGGAGUACCCGGAAUGUUGGUGUUUGUUGAUAGAGUCUAAGUCUGAAGUCAUACUCAUACAUUCGUAUAUUACGGCAAUACCUUAACCCUAAUCAAAACACGGUCCCUUGUACUUACUUAACCUGACAAAAAGUCUAGUCUUAGAACCCCUAACCCUAAUCCUAUUGACUCUGUUACUGGAACCAGAUUUACGAAUACAUUUCUUUGGUUAAUGAAUUGGGACAAUAUUUUUUUAUGAACAAAAAGAUUUAUUUUUUUU